AAAUGCAUGGUGCUGAAAAGCAUGGACCCAGAUGCCAGACCACUGGAUAAAAGUUUCAGCUCCACCAACUACCAGUUGACUGAUGGGUACUCUGGAGCUGCCCUGGGCCAGCCUAGGCCCUCAUCCAAGGGUUGAAAUGACUCCCUCAAAGCAGUUUGCGGGACCUCUCCCCAGGAGGGUCUGGGCGUUCAGUCCCGAAGACCGGGACCGCCAGCCGGGACAGGCUAAGUUGGGAGUGCGAUUGCAACAGAAAUGCGGCGCGAAGGCACCUAAUCUUGCUCGUUUUCUUUGGCCAGCGGACUGGCUACCGUGGCGCGGAGUCCACUGCGCUCAACUUUCCCGCCGCUGGAGGGGCGGGGCAGCUCUGGCCCCGCCCCCGCCACAGGCCCCGCCCCCGCAGGUUGAUGGCAGCGGCAGCUGGGACUGCAGCGACGCCGGGCCUCAGAGAGCCGCAAGCAGUGGCUGGAGCGCUCAGACGAACACCCGGGCCCCAGACGCAGCGGACACCCGGAGAAGCAGUUCCGUCGCCCUGACGCCUCCCUCGGCCCCCAGCGCACCCCUAGCCCCCACUGCAGAGGAGUCGCAGCGUGAGCGCCCCUCGGCCCACUCAGGACCAGGUACCCCCCCACACACACACGCUGCCACCGCAGCCAGCGGAGCGGGCGGGGUCUCCGGAGAAGCAGAGGUCUGCACCCCCUCCCCCGCGCCGCCAAAUUCGGUCCCGGGCGGGGCGGACUUGGUGUCUAUAUUUGGCCGGACAGCGGCCCGCGCGCCUGCAGGGCACCGACACCUCGUCUCCCAAGAACGCAGUGCUGGGGCAGGAGGCCCGAGGAGGGUGCGGGGAGGCCGGGCGUCAGGCCUGGGGCCAUAGAAGCGGCGUGAAGGGCACGGGGAAGCCUGGGGCUGGGGAGGGGCAGGAGUCCGUGGCUGGGGCUUUGGAAAAGCUCGGUGAGCCCCCUGGGGAAGAGCACAACACAAACCCUGUUUGAAGAAAAGGAUCUUCACCCUCCCCACAUCACCCACCCCACUCCUGCAAAUCUGGCCAUAGCCUGGGCGUUGAGGACCCCACCCCAGGAAAGCUGAGUAGGAGAGAGGACGCAUAGAAGAACGGGACCAAAGUGUGGUAGACAAAAGCCAGACCAUAGUUAAAACCUCUUAGAGAAGCCAGUGAAGAGAAGCGUGGAAAGAGGAGAGAUCCACUUACACUGUGUCCCCCAACAGGAUGGGAGGAAAUUGAUGAAAAUAGUAGCAGGAAAGGCUCAGGUUAGCUGACAGGAGGAACUUCUCCUUGGCGUAUUUUUAGAAACAGGCAAAAGUCCCUCUGCCUGAACUGUUAAACAUACAGGUUUGGGGAUCUUGGGGGGGGGCUACAAUCUUAGCCCCAUAGCUGGCCUUGAGCCAAGAUCCCACAACCAGGGCCUCUGAUUCUGGACAAGGUGCUCCUGGGAGAUAAACACUUCCUGAAGAGAUGCUCAACCAAGGCUGACAGCAGGAGGGCAGCCUGGCAUGGACAUUCCUCCCCAAAUCACUUCAACUUCCAGGAAGCUUUCAGUCCCAAACUCCACUGUCUCCUGCCUGGGUCUCAAAAAAGUCAGUCCCCAAAUCCUAACCUCUUGAAUUAAGCAGCACUUUAUAGGUGGCAAAGAUCUCUCCCAUACUUUAAUCACCUAGAAGAAAGCUCCCUGCUUCUAGGACCUGACUUGUGGCCAGACAACCCUUCUCACUUGCCAUCCUCUCCCUACUCUUCCUCCCUCCCACAGCUCACAGGACUAAGGACCAAAGGCAUUUCUGGGCACUGAGA